CGUGCCCUGGGCGCGCGGGCGGCGGGUCUCUUAGUCUGCGGGCUGCAGCAGGGGCGGCUGGUUGGUAGCAAGGCGGCAGCUGUGGCGGCUGAGGCGGCUCGACGCGGAACAGGGGGAAGGAGGGAGAGGGCCAUCGGUGCAGAUCCGGCCGCCAUGAAGCCCCCCGCAGCAUGUGCAGGAGACGUGUUGGAUAUGGCAUCUUCGUGCUCUGUCGUGAACUACCUACGAUGGGACCUGAGUGCCCAGCAGAUAGGGGAGCUCACCAAGGAGCUCAUAGAACAAACCAAGCGCGUGUAUGACCAGGUGGGCUCCCAGAACUUCGAGGAAGUGUCAUAUGAGAGCACACUCAAGGCACUGGCUGACGUGGAAGUCACCUACACAGUUCAAAGGAAUAUCCUUGACUUCCCCCAGCACGUUUCUCCCUCCAAGGAUAUUCGGACAGCCAGCACAGAGGCGGACAAGAAGCUGUCUGAGUUUGAUGUGGAGAUGAGCAUGCGGCAGGAUGUGUACCAGAGGAUCGUGUGGCUCCAGGAGAAAGUUCUGAAGGACUCGCUGAGGCCAGAAGCAGCUCGGUACCUGGAACGGCUCAUCAAGCUGGGCAGGAGGAACGGGUUGCAUCUCCCCAGAGAAACUCAGGAAAAAAUCAAAAGCAUCAAGAAGAAGCUUAGUCUACUGUGCAUCGACUUCAACAAGAACCUGAACGAGGAUACAACCUUCCUGCCGUUCACACGUGAGGAGCUAGGAGGGCUCCCGGAGGACUUUCUGAACUCCCUGGAGAAGAUGGAGGAUGACAAGCUGAAAGUCACUCUCAAAUACCCCCAUUACUUCCCCCUCCUGAAGAAGUGCCACGUGCCUGAGACCCGGCGGAAGGUGGAGGAGGCCUUCAACUGCCGCUGCAAGGAGGAGAACUGUGCCAUCCUCAAGGAGCUGGUGACCCUGCGGGCCCAGAAGUCCAGCCUGCUGGGCUUCAGCACACAUGCAGACUAUGUCCUAGAGAUGAACAUGGCCAAGACUAGCCAGGCUGUGGCCGCAUUCCUAGAUGAGCUGGCACAGAAGCUGAAGCCGCUGGGGGAGCAGGAGCGCGCCGUGAUCCUGGAGCUAAAGAAGGCUGAAUGUGAGCAGCGAGGCCUACCCUUCGAUGGGCACAUCCACGCCUGGGACAUGCGCUACUACAUGAACCAGGUGGAGGAGACACGCUACCAUGUGGACCAGAACCUGCUCAAGGAGUACUUCCCCAUGCAGGUGGUCACCCAGGGGCUGCUGGGCAUCUACCAGGAGCUCCUGGGGCUGACCUUCGACCUGGAGGAGGGUGCUAGCGUAUGGCACGAGGAUGUGAGGCUGUAUGCAGUGCGGGAUGCGACCUCAGGGGAGGUGAUCGGCAAGUUCUACCUGGACCUCUAUCCGCGGGAAGGAAAGUAUGGGCAUGCGGCCUGCUUUGGCCUGCAGCCCGGCUGCCUACGGCAAGAUGGAAGCCGCCAGAUCGCCAUUGCGGCCAUGGUGGCCAACUUCACCAAGCCCACCCCAGAUACCCCAUCCCUGCUACAACACGACGAGGUAGAGACCUACUUCCACGAGUUUGGGCACGUGAUGCACCAGCUCUGCUCCCAGGCGGAGUUUGCCAUGUUCAGCGGAACGCAUGUGGAGCGAGACUUCGUGGAGGCGCCUUCACAGAUGCUGGAGAACUGGGUAUGGGAGGAGGAACCCCUGCUCCGGAUGUCGCGGCACUAUCGAACGGGUGGCACCGUGCCUCAGGCACUCCUGGAGAAGCUCAUCGCAUCCCGGCAGGCCAACACAGGUCUCUUCAACCUGCGCCAGAUCGUCCUUGCCAAGGUGGACCAGGCCCUGCACACGCAGACGGAUGCAGACCCAGCAGAGGAGUAUGCCCGGCUCUGUAAGGACAUCCUCGGGGUCCCUGCAACGCCAGGGACCAACAUGCCUGCAACCUUCGGCCACCUGGCAGGGGGCUAUGAUGCCCAGUACUACGGCUACCUGUGGAGUGAGGUGUACUCCAUGGACAUGUUUCACACACGCUUCAAGCAGGAAGGCGUCCUGAACAGCAAGGUCGGCAUGGACUACAGAAGCUGUAUCCUGAGGCCCGGUGGCUCAGAGGACGCCAGUGCCAUGCUGAAGCGCUUCCUGGGCCGUGACCCCAAACAAGACGCCUUUCUCCUGAGCAAGGGGCUGCAGGUGGGGGGCUGUGAACCACAGGCAUGCUGACACCCCAGCUGCCAGACUGCCCUGGUCCAGCCCACAUUCUGGCGCCCCAGUGCCUUAGCCUCCAGCAGGGCAGGGUAGGCUCCCGCACAGUGCCCAGGUAAGGCAGGUGUGCAGGGGUCAAGGAGAUGGCUCUCACCCCUCAUGAUCCUCAUGCCUCCACCAGAGGCUGCCCUGUGAGGUUUUGUGCUUGCGGCAUCUGGAGAGCUCUGGUGUCGCCCAGGGCCUUGUCUUUGUUGCACUAACAUGUCCCCUUCUUGGGAACACUAUUUGUUACAUGUGGGUUUUGCUUUGAAAUGUGGUCAUUAAAAAGGAAACAAAACAAAAAAACAAAACAAAACAGGAGAAAGGCUCCCUAUGGCUUCUGCCCUUUCUCUCCAUGGAUGGGAAUGUGGUGUUUCUGGUGAGCACUGGACAUUGUGAGGUCCAGCCCUUGGGCUCUGACCUGCCUGUAACCCCAGCCUGAAUUAAGACAAGCUUGGGGCUCUAGGGAACGGCUGAGCUGUUGGAGGGGGUGAAGCCCCAGGGGCUCAGGACCCCUGGAAGGGUUCCCUGUUGUGUUCAACCAAGCUGGACGGCUGGAGGUUCCACCAAGAGAGUUCUGCUUCCUCCUCACACCUCAUCUGGGAUUGUCCUGGAAAAUAUUUGGAGUCCUUCCCUCACUCCUCCUCCUUAUUGAGCUCUAGCGCUGCAGAACCAGGUCAGAGAAUCUGGAAGUCCAGGUAGCCUUAUCUGUGUACAGCAGCCAGUAGGGCCAGUUGGGGAGGCAGCUGCCCAUUUGCGUUCGCCAGGGGGAACACAUACUCCUGGGCAUCCACAGGAGAGACUUAGCUUAUUCUGGCUUCAGGACCAAAGACUCUGGGGAUUUACUUGACAUGAGCUGGCUUCUAAUCAGUGAAGCUGCUGGGAGCUCUGCCAUGGCCUCUGUUGGAUGACCUUGAAGACUUAACUAGGUCAGCCUUGGCUCAGAGGCUCCCAGUGCCUUGUCCUCCCUUGGCCCUUAGAAUCAUGACAAAGUCUUGACCAAGAGUAGGGUGGACUUCUUGGAUCUUCUGAAAAUUCCCCCAAAUGUCUCCAUAAUCUUGCUUUUUUGGGUCCUUGACCCCCUUAAGGAGGGGGUCAGAAGGGGACAGGAGGCCCCCCCUUAAGUCUAAGCACUGGCAUUUCCUCCUAUGCCACGAGUCUUCUCCUGAGUCCUCUGCAGAAGAGGCUGGUCAAUGGAACCAGUGACAUUCCUUGUUCCUAACCCAUCUUCUCAAGGCCAGAGCCACAGCCACAUGGCCACCUCUGGUCAUCACCUCAAUUAGGAUGGGAUUCUUUGGGCUGUGCUGUCUCCCUCAUCCCAUUUUCCCUGAGCCUGUGCACCUAGCUCUGCUUCCUGUGUCCACUUCUGUCCUUUAAACUCAGGGGGCAAAGGAUGAGUUUUCUCUUCGCAGAGCUGACAGGCUCCCCACAUGCCCAGGACCAGGUGCCUGGAAGGUGGGGAUUGAUGUCCAGAGUCAUGAUAGCUGUUGCUUAUGCUGAAAAUACCUGGGGCUUGAAAAAGGUAAAAAAAUGAGAGACCACAGCAGGGCUUCCAUGAGACAGAUGACGGGGGCAGAGCCCCUCAUUCUGGGCACAGGGGCAGCAAGUCUGGGGUACCCUUGCUGUCCUCUGUGCUAAGCUCACACUUGGUCCCCACCUCAUCCCUGUGCAAAAUCCAGAUGUGCCAUAGUACUCUCCAACCCACCCCCACUUCCCCCACCCCCCACCGUCCAUUGUGCUCUGAGUUAUUGGAGGAAUGGGGUUGCAGCCUCAGGCAGAUGGUCCCCUGUCCACCAGGGCUGCUGUCAUUGUAGCCUCUGGGGUCCAAACAGCUCCCAUAGCUGCCCAGCCACCCUCCUUUGCAGUGGCCUCAAGAGGAUAACCUGGUAUGAGGCUCCUCUAUCAAUCCAGCUUUUCAUUCUCCCUAGUCCCCUGCUGCUUCCCUGUGAGAAAAAAAGGGCACCUGGGUGUUUCCUGAACUUCAUAACUAUAAACUCAUCUGUUAGGUUUUGACAAAACCUGAAGGCAGAAAAGGUUUCUUCUAUAGCCACCUAUACAACCCUGGGGCUGGUGGGGUAGAGGUGGGCCUCUGGCUUUUCCCUGGGAUCUCCUCCCUGCCCCAGGCUUCCCAGUUGUUGGGUUUUUAUUUCCUACUCUGAGAAGAGCUGGGCUUUCUGGUAGCGUCAGGCAGGCUCCCUCUUCUCUCCCUGGACAUUCCCCCAAAUCACAGGAGGGUGAUAAGGGGGUGGCCAUUGUUGGACUCUGUGGCCACAGAACAACAGGUCUGUGGCUUCAGGACCAAGCAGGCACUGCUGCGUCCUCACUGCUCCCGGGGUUGGUGUCACUGUCCCUGUGUGCUGGAUGUCUCAGGAUCAGAGCCUGCAUCUGCUUCCCAAUCAGCAAUAUCAGCUGAAGGCCAUGGCCUCUAAUAGCCCAUGUGGGGCCUCAGCAUUGAGGCCCUUCUCAGUAUGAAAUGCAACUUCAAUGCAGAUACUGAUGGGCAGCUUGAAGGUGGGUCAAGUGCUGGGUUUGCGGGAGGGAAGGCCUGGGUUCAACUCUUAGAGUAGCCUUGGGGGGUGGGGGGCCGGUGCCCGAGUGGCAUCCUGGGUUCUAAGCUCACUGUGGCUGUACACCAAGCAUGGGUCUUUCUAGGUUGCCACAGGCCAAUGUCAUGCUAUCCCCACCUGAACUUGCCUUUCCAGGGAGCUUUCCUUUCCCUUGCUCUGCAAGGUCAAGAAAGCAGAUCUGGCUUAGUAACUAAAGGGAGAUCACAUGCAGGUGGUAUGGGCCGUCCCACAACACUUUGUGGGUGGGACUGUGACUCCUUUUGGAUCAUUUGAGUCAGUGCAGUCUGGCCUGUAACUUUUGUUAAACCCAUUAAAGAACUUUAUUGAACUUGAAACGCGGAGCCUGUUGGAGUUGGAAGCCAAAGGACACAGAGGAAGCCAGGGCUGUGGUUGAGGCCUGCCCCCCAUUGUCACCCAAGUGCUGCUAUCUCAGUCCACAUUGGGAACCAAUCUAGUUACCUGAAUCAACAAAUUCCCAUUUUUUUGCAGGAGAAUCAUUUGAGCCCUGGAGUUUGAGGCUGCAGUGAGCUAUAAUGAUGCCACUGCCCGCUAGCUGGGCAAGUGAGACCCCAUAUCUCAAUAAAUAAAUAAAUAAAUAUAAUUUAUCAAUAGUGAGACCCCAUAUCUCAAUCAUAUGGGCAACAGUGAGACCCCAUCUCUCAAUAAAUAAAUAUCAAUAAAUAACUUAUUUUAUUAAUUAUUAAAUUAUACAUUUAUCAUGUUAUAUAUUUAUACCUAAUAUGUAAAUUUUAUAUAAAAACGUAAAUAUUCUAUAACUAAUGUAUUAGUACAUAGUUAAUACGUAUUAAUAUAUUUGUUAUAAUACGUAUGAAUAUAUUUAUGAAUUUUACAUGUAGUGUUAGUAUACAAUUAUGUAUUACUAAAAUAUAUUAU